UGCACCACGCGUUGUCACGCUCCCCCAAUGUUCGAGCUGAACUCCAUUUCUAUCCUACAAGCUGGAAUCUCCCUUCCUUUUUAACAACACUCUUCAAGCUGAUUGAGCUCAGAAUUUGUCGUUUUUUCCAAUCGGAAAAUGCUGGGCCGUCUAGCUUCACGAAGCCUUCUGGAGAUCCGUCAAGCUUACCGUCAGCUUCCCCAGGCAUCGAGGUCAUUAUCGACUGCGUUGAACUAUCAUAUCGAUGGUCCGGAUAAUAAUCCAGACCUGCCAUGGGAAUUCACCGAUUUGAACAAGGAAAAGGCUAAGGAGAUAUUAUCACACUAUCCAUCCAACUAUAAGCAAUCUGCUGUCAUUCCUUUGCUCGAUCUUGCACAACAGCAGAAUGGAGGGUGGCUUCCCGUUUCAGCAAUGAAUCAUGUUGCUAAAGUCAUUGAAGUUGCUCCGAUUCGUGUAUAUGAGGUGGCAACCUUUUAUUCGAUGUUCAACCGAACAAAGGUUGGAAAAUACCAUCUUUUGGUAUGCGGUACAACUCCUUGCAUGAUACGCGGUUCAAGAGAAAUUGAAGAAGCAUUGCUGAACCACUUGGGAGUAAAGCGCAAUGAAGUUACUAAGGAUGGCUUGUUUUCUGUUGGAGAAAUGGAGUGUAUGGGAUGUUGCGUAAAUGCUCCAAUGAUCACAGUUGCUGACUACUCAAAUGGAUCUGAGGGUUACACCUAUAAUUAUUACGAAGAUGUCACUCCAAAACGAGUUGUUGAGAUUGUUGAGGCUUUGAGGAGAGGGGAAAAGCCACCGCGUGGCACACAAAAUCCGAAACGCGUCAAUUCUGGGCCAGAAGGUGGGAACACUACAUUGUUAGGUGAGCCCAAGGCUCCUCCAUGUCGAGAUCUUGAUGCCUGCUGAACACCGUAAUUUUUUUACAACCUAUAGUUGUCCCUAAUAAUGAUGAAAAAACUUGUUUGUAAAACAUGGAUAACUCGAACAAUUUUCAGAUUUUUUUUUUUCUUUUCGUUUUAUGUUCUUUGGCUCUAACAUGAAUGAUAUUGUUGGACUUUGAGCUGAGUUGGUUGAUUUUGCAUCAGGAUAUAAUUCUUGUGUCCAUCACAUCAAAGUCUUGAAUGCAUUGUAAUUUGCAAAUUCUAGCUUGUGUAAUUGGUACAAUUUCGUAUUGGUUUGAUCCACGAUUACAUGCAUGCGCCAGUAAGGUACUUUUGAAGGUAAAUUGCUAUGAGAGAGAGUAAGAAAGCAAGAGCGCAAAAGCGGGUUAACCCUUUUAUGUCUUUCAAAAAUGGUCCAUGUAGAAAAUGGGUCUGUUGUUAAUCCAAACAUUUGCUUCUCUAUCAUUUAUUUGUUUUUAUUAUUUACUUGUAAGUUUAUAUUGUGUAUAUAUAUAUUCUUUUUGGAUAUCC